UAUGGCGGCGUUUGCUGAUCUGAACGUUCCCUUCCUCGAUGAUCCACGUGCAACUGAAAAACUCGUCGCUAAAGCUGUUAAGCUCGGUUACGAGACUAUUGCAAUCUCCAAAACCUAUAUAUUCCAGAAUGAGGUAGAUAAAGGGAAAAAAAAAGGAAAGAGAAAGGUAAAAGACCACGUUGCUGUGACACCAAUAGAUUGGGAUGCUCUUCCUUCCAUUCAAGACAUGAGAAAAAGAAACCCCAAGUUGAAGUUUUAUUCGCGUAUAACUGUACCACUAGAGGAUCAAAGCCAAGUUGCAAUAAUUUCGAGCGAAGUUGUGCAGUCUUUUGAUAUUUUAGCCGUUCAGCCAACAACUGAUAAACUUUAUCAACAAGCUUGCAAGACGCUAGAAAUUGACAUUAUUUCCUUUGAUAUGACGAGGAGGCUACCCUUUCACUUAAGGUUCCCAGCAAUUCAUGCAGCCGCUGAGCGUGGAGUACAUUUUGAGAUUAUUUAUUCGACUGCGUUGCGGAGUCCGUCGGAAAGAACAACAGUGUUGUCUAUUGCUAUGGACCUCGCAAUUUUCACCAAGGGAAAAAACAUCAUCAUAACAAGUGGAGCAGAGGACGUGCUUGAUUUUCGUGGACCUUAUGAUAUCGUCAAUCUAGGAAUGCUCUUUAAAUUAAAGGAAGAACAAUCAAAAUCUGCUGUGACAAAAAACUGUAGAGCUGUUUUGUUUCAUUCUGAGGCAAGAAAAGGCACAGAAAAGUCUAUAAUUUCAGGGAAGUUGUUAAAUUUCCAAACUGAUGAGAAUGAAAGGAAUUUAAACGGUACCUUUGGCAAUGAAGAUGAGGAAAGUAAAGAUGCUGUCGACAAGAACAGUGUAACUGAAACUAAUGGGAAUGAAGAUGGUGAGCCAGAGGAAAAGAGAGCAAAAAUUCCAUAGGUAUUUUAUUUAAAACAGUUUUAACACCAGAGUUGUGGUAUCUUUAUCAACUAAGUGUUCUUUAAUUUUGCCAAUGAUAUCCAGUAGAUAUUAAUUAAUGAUCACUCUGAGAAAGAGUUAUUCCACUUUGUCUAUUAAUAAUAAUGAUUUGUGAUGUAUCUUGCACAUUGCAGCUACACAUACCCUCUGUGGAUUUUUAUAUAGAUAAGACAAGCACUAGGUUUAGCAGCCCCUAUGCUUCACCAUUAACCCUUUAACACCCAGAUCAAAUUUGUAAUUCUCCUUACAGUCAACCAUACAAUUCUUAUAAUGUUAGUACAGAGAAUUUAGUAUUGGAUCCACUAAUUAUCCCCAAAUUGAUAUUUUUCUUUAUUCUCAUCACCUUUCUGGUUGAUAUUGUAUUGAUAUUGUAAGGAGAAAUUCUGUCCUGGUCACUUAUGGGAGUUAAAGGGUUAAACAACUUACCAAUAACAAGAUAAUAACUUGCAAGAGAAGGUCUUAAAAAUUCAAAAAGCUUCAUAGUCAAUGCAAUGUGCUACUAGUUUCAACAGCAUGUAAUAACGGCAUUAACAACCUAUAGGAUGAGACAAAAAUGAAUUAUGGGAUUAAUUUUUGAUAACACAAAUGUCAUUUUGAAUUCAUCACUAACCUGGUGCAGGUUAAGGUGAUUGGUUUUGUUAAGUUUUUGUGGGGGUUGAGAGGAGCAGUUGUAACAUCUUCUGUUUUAUUUUUUAAUUAACAAGUUGCCAGAAGUCACAAAGUAUGUCAGCUAAUUACAAGAGUUUUGAUGCAGUUUGGGAGUGGGCAAUUCCAAGUGACACUGGAAUUGCCAACUGUCCAUCUUGUCUGCUCAGGUACCCAAUCAAAAGUCAGGUUUCUCUAUGUUUCACUUACCAGCAGAGUCAGCCAAAGAAGGAAACUCAUUAUAUCAUCAGUUGUAUUUAUAACAGAUUACCAACUUUCAAGUUUCCAUUUAAUAUCUACCAUAAUGCCAAGGAAUAUCCAUUUAUAUAUUUUCAUUUUCAUUCCAUUUUUGCUGCUCUCUCCCCCACCUUUUGAUGACUGCAACCAAUUUGAAAAUGUUUGUUUGGCUUCUAUUUAUAGUUAAUCAUGUAAGACUAUCACCUAGUCUUUCAUUGUCUCUAGGGAUGUCAUGCAGUGAAUUUUGUUUGUAAGUGGCUCUAGGCAAUGUUGCCUUGCAAGCAUUCAAACCACCUCUAUUUCCCAAUGUUAGCCAAGCACAGUUGAGGUUCCACUUUUCAAGGACCCUCUCAUUACAAUUGUAUCACAAGUGCCCAAAUUUGCAAGAAGAGUUUAAUGUGUAUGUUGUGGUUCAAUUUUAUCCUUGGUUCAAAUUUUAUUUUCCUUUGUUUCAAACUCAUUAUCAUAUAUUACAAUAGCCAAAAACACAAAAGAAAAUAAAAUUUGAUAAAAUUGAACUAGAACAUAUAC